AAAGAGCAUGACGUAAACCUAGUUCAAUAACACUUCCCAUGGCGACGUCACGUCAAGUGAUCGAAUGUUCAAUGGAUAAUUUAUGUGUUCGGCGUAGGCUGCAAAAUGGCAAUAAAUCAAUAAAUAAAUCAAUUUGGAUCCGUUCCAGUAUCCAACGACAACUAAAAACAAGCCUACUAAAUGCUGUUAUGGACGAACAUCUAGAGAAGGAUUGCAAAAACGAAUUGCGUCAAUGUAAAUUUGCUGAGUACAACUGUACGUUCAAGGGUGUGAAAUGUGAUCUUGAGAAACAUAUUCAAGACUCGAUGUCAAAACAUUUAGAUAUGGUGAUGUUUGAAACCGUCCGUCUGCGAUUAAAGGAUGCGCAAUCUCAACGACAAAUUGCGGAUCUGGAAAAUAGGAACAGCAUAUUAAAGGAGAAACAAAAAGUUCAGGCUAAAGAACUCCAAGAAUUAAGAGAGAAAUGUGACGGAAAUACCACCACUCUGCAGACUUUUCAGGUAGGUUUUAAUUUGCGGGAAAUAAUAAUUGAAAAAUAUGGGUUUCUCACAACACAUUGAGCACAGUUUUCCAAAAAUACAAAUUGUCCUACGAUUUUACAUCAUAACUAAUGUAACCCUAAAGUUACUUUUAGAACAUUUCAAACAUCUGUCCUAUAAUGCAAUCCUAGUCAGUGGCAGAUUCAAGAGGCCCAG